AUGACAACAUUCAAAGUAAACCUCCUACUGGUUAUUCUUCUAUUUGAAGGUGUAGGAACAGGUAUUAUCUUCAAGCAAUAACAAAGAAGUAUUGUUAACGGAGUACAGUUUAAUCACCCGUUUAUGCAGACGAUGCUGAUGUUUAUAGGUGAAGCGCUGUGUUACUUAAUCUAUUUGCUCUAGAAAAAGUACUACCCCAAGGAUUAUGAAUUAGAAUUAAAAGUUGCCAAAGAAAGAGGUCUUAAUCUUAACCCCAGCAAAUGGAUUUUCGCUAUUCCUACUGCUUGCGAUUUCACCGCCUCCACCAUUUCUUUCUUUGCUAUGUCUAUGAUGCCUCUCUCUAUUUACUAUAUGAUCAGAGGUGGUAACAUCGUCAUCACUGCUGUCUUUUCAGUUAUCUUCUUGAAAAGAAAGCUUUUCAGACAACACGUCUUAGGUCUCUUUUUAGCUGUUUGCGGAUUUGCUACUAUUGGUAUAACUUCAAUCUUGUUGAAUAAAUCAGAUGACAUCGAUCCAAGCAAAUUACUUUUAGGUAUAAUUUUAAUUAUCUGUUCAUUCUUCUUUUCCUCUGGUCAAUCAGUCCUUGAAGAAAAGCUCUUCAAAAUGAUCUACUUGAAUCCUAACUAGCUUGUCGGUUAUGAAGGUACAACUGGUAUUUUUAUCACUUGGGUUGCUUUAAAUAUUUUCUCUUACAUUCCCUGUCCUUAAUCUAUGGCUGAUGACUGCCCUAACGGUAUGAUGGAAGAUGUUCCUCAAUUCUUUAAGACUGUCUUCACCAUUGAAGGACCCUUCUAACCUACUCUCUUAAUCAUGAUUUUCCUCGGUAUCAUCGCUAUUGCCAUCUUGAACGGUCUUGCUUUCUAUUGCGUCAAGUAUGCCUCUGCUCUCUCAAGAUCUAUGAUUUCUCAAGUUUCCCCCUUCGUUGUUUGGAUGUUCACCAUUGCUAUCGGUUGGGAUAAGUUCAGAGUAGGUCAAUUCUGUGGUUACAUAGUUGUCGUCUUUGGAUGUCUUAUCUAUUAUGAAAUUAUUGUUAUUCCUUUCUGGGGAUUCAAUAGAAAUUUGAAGGCCAAUUUCCACAACUUAGCUCACCACGUCACUGGUGUUGAAGAUGUUAAACCUGCUAACCAAGAAGUUGCCUAAGUCACUCCUGCCUUAGACAAGUAAGACUCUGAAUAACCUCUCAACACUAUAGCUCCCAUCAUAUCUAAUAACGCUGCUUCUGCUUCUUCUGUUGCUGCUGCAAGCUGA